UCCAGGCCCAACCAUGGCAACGGUCAUUCAUCUGGCAGACCUGUGACUUUCAGCGCCGGCGUCCGCAUAGAAGAUUCAGUAGCGGCUGCUGCUUGGCAGUGCCAGUAGACAUCGCUAAAAAAUAAUCGUAACCAAUUUUUCUGCCUUCAACAAUGGGAGUUACUGUAUUGCAGACUUUUCCAGAUGCUUUUCGAUAUGGCUAUAAGGAGGUGGAGAAGCUACAUACUCGAAUUGCACACCUUGGGGCACAGCCCAAUGGAGUGUUUCAAGUUGACUGUGACACCUACUACAUGAAUCAGCAAAAUAGUCAGUUCAAUGAUAUUCCUGGCAGUGGCUCAACAGUGAACAAAAAGCUCCACAUCCUGCACAACACUGAAACUCCCGCCUCCACUUAUGCCAUCAUUGAAUCGCCUGGCAAGCAGGUAACUCUGUGUGCGGACCUUAUGUUUGAUUUGUUGCUGCCACGUUUGAGUCACAUGUACACUGCAAAGAAGAAUCUCAAAGUGGAGACCAAGGGAACAAGAUUCACUGUGUCUGACUUCAUUGUCAAGAUAGGCUCUGUGUCUAUGAGCAGUGGGCAGUACAAAGGCAUCCUUGUAGAGGUAGAGUACCUGGCCUGCAGUGUGCCUGCCUUGUGUUGGCCUAUCCUGCGAGAGUUCCUGCAGAGCUUCAUGGGAUUCUGCGUGUCUUCCCAACCUCCGCCAUACCUGCAGGCUCGGUUCCAGCAAGUACAAGGUCCCCAGGACACGAUGCAGCAAUACCUCGAGAAGUUCAAUGAGUUCAGGGAGAGUUCUGCGUACCCUGUCACUGGUAGCCUCAGCGCCUCGCAGCCCGGCACCACUUCGACCUCUACACCUUCAUGAGCUCAACAUUUUAAAUUAUAUUUUAACUCCGACCCUAACCCUCGUCAGACGGCCUAAUUUUACAGCGUUGUAAUCAUUCCAUAAUGUAGGUACAGUUGUACCUGUGAAGUCCUACAAGAGUUUCUAGGUUUGAGGAAGAAUACCAUUGGGGUAAGAAUACCAUUAUUGGGUUUGAGUCAGAAUACUAUUGCAACGUUAGUACCAUUUGUCUCAUCGGUUAGGUAAUUAUUGAGCGGUGAAUUUGAGACGUCUAAUAAUACGUUUCCGUCAAUCUCUUUCAUUAGGUAGAAGUAUGUUGGCAAGUGUUUCUCAUUACCAGCUGUCAUAUUAUAGUGUGUUUGUCAUUGUUAGUAGAAGUGUGGCAUUUAAAGUGCGAAUUUUACAAGAAAGAAAUUUGUAGUCACUAAAAUAGUUUAACUGGUAUAUAAUCAUAUCAGAAAUUAUCGCUCAAUCUGAUGCUAGAACGCUCAACUUAUUUUCUUGAAUGGUAAAUAUCAUGCCGCCGAUAGAAUAAUAAAAAACAUUCUUUU